AUGAAGAGCAACAACACCAACAACAAGGAGACACUGUCAGGUGUCAAAACGGCGACAGCGGCAACCACCCGGCGAUCCGGCCCUGAUGGAAAGAUCGAUGCAGCUCGGAAAGACUCUCUCUGGCCCAAGGACAAGCGGUAUCUCUGGUUGAAAGGACGUGAAGCCAAACUGGAAGCAGAGCAAACCCUAUUCCAGCAGGCCAAACAGAAAUUCCUCCAAGAGAAACGCGAGUUCGAGGAAAGGAAGGAGAAGCACGAGCAAGAGGAGCUCUGCUUCAAGUUGAAGUGCAAGUCCACUCGCGAACAGUGGACUAUGGACACACUCGACUUGAAACGGGAGGCAACUCGCAACGAGGAAUUCCGUAGGCGCCUCGAGACCAAGCGCGAUGAUAUCGUGCGACCCUAUCUGUGGGCGGAGGCUGACAAGCGUGAAGCGCUGCAGUCCCGCAUCAUUUGUCUCGAGAAGGAUCUAGGCGGGGCCAAGAAUGAGCUGAAGAAAGCUCAAAACCGGUACUCCGACUACUGCCGUCAACUGACUGAGCAUCGGAGAACCAUCGCCCAUGAUGUCGCCAAGGAGGUUGAACAGGAAUUACAUCGACAAGAGGGCGAGCUAGUUCGCAAGGCCACAGAGGCACGGAAAUCUGCUACCCGCAAGUUCCGCGACGCCAACGGCCAGCUACGCAAGGCCCGCUCGAUGAAUUCCAAGCUCAGCGAAAUGGUUCGCACCGCGAACAAGCGAUACGACGAGCUGAAGGACGAGUCAGACAAGUACCGCCAAGAACAAGCUCAGGCUUCCCGACGCCUGCAGUGGGCCACGCGUCUUGACGCGGACAAUGACUCCCUGGUUCAAGGCGGCAACGACGACACUGAAGCUUCGCACGUAGCCGCGCUGAGAGAGAUUGAUCGGUUGCAUGCCGUUCACCAAGCCGAUAGCCGCCGCCAUAACUACGAGAAGACCAAUCUUCGCAACCAAAGCAUUCUUCGCUAUAAGAAGGUGCGUAUUCAGGCUUGCAAGAUCUAUUCUCUCGAGCGGGACCUGGCAAAGAAGGCUGCCACCGACAACCUCAGCAACCUCCCCCUGACAGAGAAGAAGGACGCCGCCGUCCAGACCGACGCCGCCGUUCAAAUUGAAGCCCACGUUCUGACUGACAGCACCGCUCAGUCUGGAGCACCUGUCCAGGCUGAAGCCUCAGUUCAAUCCGAUGGAGCUCAAAGUUCGAUGGCUGAAGGAUUCCAUGCGGCUCAGAGCAUGCACCAAGAGUUGUUCGAGACCAUCACCUCGCUUCAAGAGCAGGUGCAACAGCUGGAGGUAGACAAAGCCUUGGAACAAGCUCGUUCGUAUAAUCUGGACUGGAAUUACCGAGAGUGCCAAAAGCUACUGGAGGCUGUUCCCUCGCUUGAAGAGCAGUUGAAACAGCUGGAGGAAGCCAAAGCCUUGGAACAAGCUCGUGCGGAUAGUCUGGAGAAGGAGCAUGCCAAAAAGGCCACGGAGCUAGAAGUCAUUUUGAAGAAGUACCUGAACGUCCUGGACCACAUCCGUGGCCUUGACGGUCCUACAGGAGCGCUCCGGGACACGGUGUUAACCGCGGACGAGGCAUUGGAUGAGAUCAAGAAGGCUUACGAGAAUCCCCUCACGAACAUUCAGCUCACUACGUUGCUUGGAGACGAAAGUCGUCUGGCGGGAGAAUUGGGACAGCUGUUUCAUUGGUCCGACAUUAUCGUGGAUGGAAUAGAGAAAACCGACGACGGGAUUAUUUUCAAGGAUGAAGCCGAAUUGGUUCGUCAGUAUCUGUCACCCCAGAGUUGA